ACCAGUUGAGAGAGGCGGGGCCCGAUUCAAUAGACGUUUGAUCCUCUCCAUCCGAACGACACCAUCCACUUAACGGCGCGCAAUCUCACCCCGUGCUACCUCUACUGUUAUCCUCACACACGCACCCUCAUACACGCACAUACCGCUUCCAAAAUGGCAAAGGAAAUUGAGGCUUCGGAGGUUGCGAACCACAAGUCGGACGAGUCAGCGUGGGUCAUCGUUGACGGCUCAGUCUACGACGUGACCGAGUUCCUCGAGGAGCACCCCGGUGGCAAGAAGAUCCUGCUGAAGAACUGUGGCAAGGACGCAUCUGAUGCAUUCUGGAACUACCACUCGGAGAAGGUGCUCAAGAACGUUGCCGAGGAGUACAAGAUCGGCGAGAUCAAGGCGGGCUCCAAGCUCUAAUCGUACUGGGCUGUCUCGGAUCGUAGACACUGUAUUUGCCCGUUGCCCGGCGUGUUGCCUCUAGCUGAAUGUAAUCGCGCGAACGCACACUGAU